GGCUCCGUGCUCCGGAGAAAGCGGUCCGGGCCCGCUGCUGACGCCGCUGCCGCGGCCGGGCGAAGGUUCCGGGCGGACCCCGCCGGCUCAGAUAUCCUGAAAGUUGGAGUGAUUAAAUGACUUCUAAGAUUCUUCCAGCUCUAACAUUCCAUAGUUUAAAUGUUUAAAACGACUUACAUAUACUUGAGCUGAAAUCUGUUCCCCAGUAGAUGCUGAAGUGUCCGGAACGGCUGUGACACACUAAGUCCUAAGCCGACCUUCGUAAGGAAGCUGCGUGGCGCCCCUCCCCAAAAGGGGACCGCCUGCAGUUGCCUGCAUCAUCAAAGGCAGACUUCCCAGGCUCCAGCCUGAAUCAGGCCUCUUCAUGUUCUGCUUUAUGUGGGCAGACCUGCUAAUGUUGUUUGGAUCAGACAAUUCCUACAUCAGUAGAAGAGUCCAGAAAAGGGAACUAUUUCUCAGGUGAGAACAUGACCAGAGGUCAGCCUGGCACUGGAACUUACUUCCAGAGGAACUCGAUAAUUCUCUGUGGUCGAUUCUCGAGCACAGAUGUCAAUCGAGUGGUCAGGAAUGGGGUAUUUGGUUAUUGAUUGUAGCCCAAUACAAGGAAAUUUUUGUUUUUUGUUUAAACAUUGAGCACUUUCCAAGAAAAAAUAAAAUGCCACAUAAGAUUUUUCUCUCAGGAAAUAAAAAUGGCCUUGGAUGUGAUUUAGACACUUGCCGACCAAGAUCAGCUCUGUGAGGCCUGGCUCUACCCUGGGCUACAUCUGCCCUACAGGUUCAUAGAGCGCCUCCCAAUUCAGGGCACUUGCUGUCAGCUGCAUCUCCCUGGAGGGCUCAUCGAGGGGGUACCCGCUGUUGGGCUCCCUGCCCAGGACUCACGUCUCCAAAGCCCACCACUUCAGCCUGUUUCCAGGCUGCUGACCAUCUACUCCUUAGCUGAGGCCCUUGCCCCCUAGGGAAAUCUUAGAGAAGAAAAGCAGGGAUGACAAGGAAGGGGAGCGUUCUGACAGGCGUAGUGUGCUCUCCUCCAGCCAACAAAGACAGCCUGUGUGUCAGGAAGCCAUGCAGACAAAAGAGGCUCAAGAUUAAUCUCCUUUGAGGUUCAGAGUUGAAAGGAGAAUAUAAAACAGGGCAAUUUUUUUUUUUCUGCUGAGGAAGAUUCUCCCUGAGCUGACAUCUGUUGCCAGUCUUCCUCUAUUUUGUGUGUGGGACACCACCCCAGCAUGGCCACUGACGAGUGGUGUAGGUCUGUGCCCGGAAACCAAACCCGGGCUGCUGAAGCGGAGCACGCCGAACUUAACCACUAGGCCACCAGGGCUGUCCCUAAAACAAGGAAAUUUUCAGUUCACUCCAGCAGGACUCUAUGGUGGUCAGGGCUUUGUCCUCCGGGAAGUAGGUGUGCUGGUGUCAUUUGGACCUGGAGCAGCGCUAUCUGUCUUUGUUCUCAAGACAUAAACCCACGUCCCUUUCACUCGCCCUGCAGUUUCACACUAAACAAUCUGCUGCUGGUCUCUGAGCUGAUUUCUACUCACAGGCCUUCAAAGUGGGCGUCUGUGCUGGGAUUGGAAAGCUAGACACGAGACAAGUACACAGCCAUGUGCCGUCCCGCAUCACGGCCACUCUGAGGGCCAGGGCCUGCUCCGCGCUGUGUGCUGCUGUCCGCAGGGAGAAGUGAGACAGAGAGCGAGGGGUGGAAACUUAGAGCAAACUGACAGUGCAGUGUUAUGUCUGAUGAGUCUGGUGAUGCAAAAAUAGAGCCUGUAAAAAAGAAGAGUGUGUCCAGAAGUGAACGAAUGAGCAAAUGCAUUACACCCAGGAACAUCUGGGCGCGAUUCCUGACAUCCGAGGAUAAGGGGCCAGUCUGAGGAGCUUCCAGAGGGAGAAGGCAGGUCAUUUACAAAGGAAGGAGGCCUUCCUUUGGCCAGCAGCAGCUCUGGAUGUCGGAAGGAAGAGGAACAUCUAUGGACUAUUACGAGAAAAAGGCAAAUCCAGGAUGCCUGUAUUUAACUGAAAAGCAUUCGUCUGUGGUGGGGAAGGAAACCAUGCCCCCAAAAAGUCAAAAACAAAGAGAAACCAAAAGGAAGAAGAGGGGGUUAAUAAAGAGAAAAGCUUAAUUAAAUAAGUAAUUAAAUCAGAAAGUAUAAAAUUAAUAAAACCAAAAACGAGUUCUUUGAAAAGACCAGUGAAAUAAACUUGUGACAAGACUAAUUAAGAAAAAACAAGAGAGAAGUGAAAAAAAUAAUAACAUUAAUGAAAGGAGAGAACCAUAGAUGUAAACAAGAUCUGUAGUGUACACACAUGAUUAUAAUGUGAAAACCUCCCCAAGAAAUUGGGUGACUUCCUAGCAGUACCGUCUAUCAAAACGGACCUAAGAAGAAACAGAACUGGAGCAGGCGAUAAGCAUCAGAGACCAAACAGGUUAAGAAAGUUCCUGCCGCACAGGCGCCAGACCUGCACAGGUGAGUCCUUGCAGCCGUGCAACUGCACCGUCUUGGACGUGGGUCCCGGGCCCCAGGCAAGCCUCGAGACGACAGAGCCCCCGCCUCGUCCUGACUGCAACUCCCAGAGACCCUGAGCCAGGACCACUUGGCCCAGCUGCUCCUGAUUCGUGACCUUGGACACCGCAAGACAAUAAAUGGUGGUGGUGGUUCUGAGCCGCUCAGUUUGGGGCAGUUCAUUGGGCAGUGAUAGGUAACUGAUAAGACGGUAAAGCUGUCUGGCAUUACCAUGAGGGCAGAGCUGGAGCCGGGUUCCCGGGAGACUGUGCUCUGCUGCAGAGAGCACCUGGUGCCCGCUGGCCGGGAGUGGCCGCCUGGUGCAUAUCCCAUCCUGGCGGCUGGGGCUGGGAGGAGUGAGCAGGUGCAGCCAUCUCCUUUCUGAAGCUGAUCCCAUCAUAGUUUAACUUCUAAAAAUAACAUUUCUGGGUUUUUUUUUCAUGAAUACAAAGCAGAGUGUGUUCAUUGUAUAAUAUUUAGAAAAUACAGAAAAUAAAAGAACAUAUAGAGAUGGGGUGGUCUGUGCCCCCCCCAGGCACAUGUGGGUCAGAGGCCCAGCUGGUCCUUUUGCACACAUUCUGUUCAGUUUUGAGAAAGGGCCCCAGCACACACUGCAGCAUAGCCACUUUCAUUAAAUACAGCUUUAUGCCAUACUGUGAGGAAUUUUUCCAUGAUAUUAAAUAUUUCUGUAAAAUUUGUUUUUAAAAUUUUUUUUUUGGUGAGGAGGAUUGGCCCUGAGCUAACAUCUGUUGCCAGUCUUCCUCUAUUUUGUAUGUGGGACGCUGCCACAGCAUGGCUUGAUGAGUGGUGUGUAGGUCGGCGCCUGGGAUCCGAACCUGCGAACCCUGGACCACUGAAGUGGAGUGCACGAGCUUAACUACUAUGCCAGCGGACCGGGCCCCUGAAAUGUGCUUUUUUUUUUUUGUGAGGAAGAUCAGCCGUGAGCUAACAUCCAUGCCAAUCCUCUUUUUGCUGAGGAAGACUGGCCCUGGGCCAACAUCCCUGCCCAUCUUCCUCCACUUUAUAUGGGACGCCGCCACAGCAUGGCUUGCCAAGCAGUGCGUCGGUGCGCGCCCAGGAUCCGAACCGGCGAACCCCGGGCCGCCGCAGCGGAGCACGCAUACUCAACCGCUUGCGCCACCGGCUGGCCCCGAGUUGUUCACUUUAAAAGGGUAAAUUUUAUGUUCCUCACUCCUCGAGCUGCAUGCUGCCUUCCACGGCCCUGCCCUGAGGAUGGACCCGGGAGACCCUGCUGCCGGAGACCCCGCUGCUGGAGGCCCAGCUGGUGACCUCACUGGUGACCCUGCUGUUGGCCAGGACCCAAUUCUGUUCCAGCAGGCCCUGCAGCCGCUGUGGUCUACGCGGGAGCUGCGGCAGCAGCUCCGGGAGGAAGCCUGGCGGCGGUUUGCUGCCCUGGACGACCCGCGCGCUGGACUCCUGGACAUGCUGGAGGGCAGCCGGGGCUGGCAGGGGAAGGGCCCCUCCCUGGAGGCCUGGGUCACCUGUGAGCUGCAGCGCUGGCUGCAGGCACAGCCACACCAGGGGCCGGCCCAGUGCAGCCCGAGGCUGAAGCAGCUGCAGGCUCGUGCAGUUAGGGUCCUCGCCGAGAGCCCCCCAAGUCUCGUGGGGCCGCUGGUCAGUAUCUUCCAGCUGCAGGAUGCAGACCGAAGCCCCCUGCUGGCUCGUGUCCACCAGCUCCACCAGGAGGGCAAGUUCAAAGAAGCUGCCAUGCUGAGCACAAAGCUGAAGCUGCAGCCAGAACUAGAUGUUGAAAAGAUGGGCACCCCACUGCUCCUCCAGGACAAGGCGCACCUCAUGGAGCACUACGUGGAUGGCUUCCCGGAUCUCCAGAGGAGGCUGCUGGCCCUCAUGGACUCCUGGUGCCAGCCCGGCUUUGACAUCAGAGUCGUUGCCAGACAGCACCCGAAGGUGACCUCCUUGAAGCUGGAGAAGCUGAGCCCCAAAGUGCUGAGUCGGCAGGUCCUGCGCCUGCGAGAGCGGUUUGGCCUGGACCCGGCCCUGUGUCCCAACGUUGUCGCCCAGCAGCGCCUGUCCGCCCUGCGGUACCUGUGCUACAAGCGGUUUGUGGAGGGAAACAUGUCUCAGGAGAACUGGGCCGACCACGUGCAGGAUCUAGUGGGGCAGAGCGAGUGGCUGCAGGAGCAGCUGCUGAAGCUGCUGACCUCUCACAGUGACGCGGCCACAGCUGCCCGGUGCGCCCUGGACCUCUCGCUGCCCGAGGCACGGCUGCCGGCCACAGUGGCCGCAGAACUCAGCCGACUCAGGCUCCAGGGGAGGACGGCCGAGGUGCCUUCCGAGGACAGGAGGGACGAUUACUACCAGCUGCCCAUCGCCAGGGAGAACGUCCACUUCCUGGCCUCGUGGGAGGACCUGGCCAGGCACAAGGAGGAGCUGCUGCAGCCAGGCCUGGUCGGCGUGGACCUGGAGUGGAGGCCCUCUUUCGGCCUGGGGAGCCGGCCCCAGGCGUCCCUCAUGCAAGUGGCCAUGGAGGGCCGCGUGUUCCUACUGGACCUGUUGGUGCUCUCGCAGCCGGCAGGAGGGCAGGCGUCCCAGGCCUUCUCCCAGCUGGUGUUCCAGCUGCUCUCAGACCCCUCUAUCACCAAGCUGGGUUAUGGGAUGGCAGGGGACCUGCGGAGCCUGGGAGCCUCCUGCCCUGCCCUGGCCCACACGGAGAAGCAUCUUCGGGGCAGCCUGGACCUGCAGCAGGUGCACAGGCAGAUGCGGGUGGUAGACGUGCCAGCCCCAGGCGUGGAUGGGACCAAGGGGCUGAGGGGCCUCAGCCUCCUGGUGCAGCAGGUGCUGGGCAAGCCCCUGGACAAGAGGCAGCAGCUCUCCAACUGGGACCGGCGGCCGCUGAGUGAGGCGCAGCUGGCCUAUGCAGCUGCCGAUGCCUACUGCCUGUUGGAAGUGUACUGGGCACUGUGCAGAGAGCCCUCCCGCUUCCACCUGUCCGGGGACCUGGCCAGGAGCCCGAGGCCGCGGCACAGCAAGCAAUCAGGGGCUCGGGAGCCGCCUGGCCCGCAGGAGGCCUCAGCCCCGCCCCAGCAGGUGCCUGUGGCUGAGGGCGAGGAUGCUGCCGCCAAGAUCCAGGCCAGGGCCUUCCGCGUGGUGUGUGACAGCAUGCUGCAGGGGCUAGCACGUAGCCUCCGCUGUCUGGGUGUGGAUGUGCUCGUACUGGGCACCGGCGAGGACCACCGCAGGGCGGCUGAGGUCGCCAGGCAGGAUGGAAGGAUCAUCCUGACAUCGGGGCUGCCGUACCACAAGCUCCGGGCCCAGGUCAGGGCUGGGCACUGCCUCUCGGUGGACUGCUCCCUCAAGGCCCGGCAGCAGGCGAAGGCUGUUCUCAGGCAUUUCAACGUGCGCGUCACACACACCGAUAUCUUCAGUCGUUGCCAGGCCUGUAACUGUGACCAGUACCUGAAGGUCUCCAAGGACAUGAUGAAGCAACUCAUGGGGCUCAUUGGCCACCAGGAGGGCCCCAGCAGCACAGGUGACGAGGCCACCCAGAGCAAGGACGCCCAGGAGCCGGGCUCCACCCCAGCGGAGGCCCCUGGGGACAGCACCUAUGACCCCCCUUGCCGCUGGCUGGAGGCAUCGGACCUGCGGGCCAGCGCGCCAGCCACACUGGGAAACGGUGCCCAGCUGCAGCUGGCCGGGGUCCCGGCGGGCGUGCUGCGGCGCCCGGGGCUGCAGCACUUCUACUGCUGCGCUGGCUGUGGCAAGGUCUUCUGGGAGGGCUCCCACCUGGGCCGCGUCGCUGCGAACUUCCGCGAGGUCCUGGACAGUGCCCCCGGCUCCUGCGCGCCCAGCCCGCAGCCCCUCAUGAGGACUGGGCCCCAGGCCCCUGGGGACGGGCGGGGCAGCCGACAAUAAAGUGUGAAGG